AACAUUGUAUCUCUUUAUAAGGUGGAAAGUAGAUCUUGGGUUGUAAGUCCGCUCUCGAAUACAUUAUUUAAAAAAUACAUCAGUUUUGUGUGAAAAUGCACGACUGCAAGAGUGAUAUUGCGUGAUAUUCGAUGAAAUAUCUGCAGCCUUUGUGAAUUGAAGGCGGAUACCGACGACAUUUUACGCGAUUAUGGUGUGAACUUACAUGACAUGGCGGAGUAAUAACGAAUGCUCUCUUCGAUUUUCCCUCUUUUUUGAGAAAGUGCUCUGAGUUUUGGAAAUAUAGGAGGUUGAGCUAAACUGAACCUGGCUGAAAGGUCUCAGGGGCAGCGUCACUUUUGAAAGUUUGCUUUAGUGGUUUCAAACAGAUGACAAUUUUGCAAUGUCCGCAAUUUCCUUGUUUGUUUACCUUUUUGGUGGUUGGGUUUUAUGAACAGUGCUGUAAUUUUUACUGACCCGCGCUCCAGCAGUCGGCUGACGAUUUCAGGAACCGGGUCCUCUAACUAGAAUGCUACCAAGCCAGGCUGGAUCAGCACAAUCUGGAAACGGGUCAGCGUCUUUCAGGGAUAACACAGGUCACGGUUCUGGGGUGAUUGGGAUUCGCCCUGUGUUGGUCAGAGCAAGGCAAUCGAAAACUCGGGUCAGCGACAGCAUCAGUGCGGUGGGGAUGUUGAGGGGCAACGGUCCAGGAGUGGGUGCAAGAGGUGGGGCGAGACCAGGGAACGGGACGGGACCGACGAUUCCACAGACCGCUGCUCAGGGAGGCAUCGGUCUGAACAUGGGAAUUGGGGUUCGCGGAGGCAGCCGCUACGACCCGGACAAAGAGUGUGCGCCAAUGGGUUGCAGUGGGUCGGACGCUGAUUCAGACUCGGGGGAUGAAGACGAUCCGAUGGGUUCAAUCGGGGACAACAGAAGAAGUGUAAAGCGGGAGAGACUGGAGAUGGAGGCUGCGGUGACAGGGCAGGAGGCCGGGAUACCACCGGGGGGUUAUGGUGUGGUCCCCCAAGGUGUCGCUGGCGCAAAGCCAGGGAAGAAGACACGUGGGCGCGUGAAGAUAAAAAUGGAAUUCAUCGACAACAAGUUGAGGCGAUACACAACUUUUAGCAAGAGGAAGACUGGUAUAAUGAAGAAGGCCUAUGAGCUUUCCACGUUGACAGGAACCCAGGUCCUGCUACUGGUGGCCAGCGAGACGGGCCAUGUCUACACAUUUGCCACGCGGAAGCUCCAGCCCAUGAUCACCAGCGAGACGGGCAAGGCCCUCAUCCAGACGUGCCUCAAUUCUCCAGACUCGCCCCCCCGCAACGACCCCUCCACUGACCAGCGUAUGAGCGCCACAGGCUUCGAGGAGACAGACCUUACCUACCAGGUGUCUGAGUCAGAGAGCCUUGGGGAGACCAAGGACCAGCUAAAGCCUGCGUUUACAGUGGCCAGCCUCCCGGGCACCACCAGUACCCACGCACCUACGGCACCCACCACAUCCACCACCAUGCAGGUUAGCAGCGGGCCCUCCUUCCCCAUCACCAACUACCUGGCUCCCAUCUCCGCUAGCAGCAACGUCAACGGCACAGUCCUCAAGACCACCGGUGCCUCCGGAGGGCAGGUCAUGCAGCUGCCCAGCGGCUUUACCUUCAUGUCAGCAGGCACUUCUCUCCCUCCCGGCACCCCCACCAUUCCGCUCAGCCAGCUGCACCAGCACACCCUGGCCAUCCCGGGACAGCGGGGCCAGAAGCUCACCGCAUCACAACUGACACAGCAGGGCCAGCAGGCCGUCUUCCGAUUCCCCGCUGCAGUCUCCCUAGGGGGAGGGAUGACCCAGCAGCUGCAGGCCAUCCAGGUGCACCCCACCACACACACCAAUGACAGCAGCUCGGAGAUCUCCCAGACCUCGACUGUCUCCACUGCGACCAUUGUCACGUCGUCUGUGCCCACGUCCAUGGCGGGGCACAUGAUGUACACCAGCCCCCACACAGUGAUGUACGCGUCCAGCCCCUCGGCCAUGCAGGUGUCCCACGGACAGGGCCAGGACACAGGUGAGACCACGCUUGACUACAGUAGGCUACGCUGGGACACAGGUGCUGUCCCUCAGGUAUUCCUUACGGCACCCUCGGGCACCAUGCAGAUCCCUGUUUCUGCAGUGCAGCUACACCCAAUGGUGAUUGGUCAGCAGUUGAGCAGCAGCAGCAGUAACCUGACAGAGCUGCAGGUGGUCAGCCUGGACACCACCCAGAACACUAAGAACGACUGACAGACACACUGAGGCCCAGACAUCUCUAUUUAUUGAUGCCUUCCAUCAGCAUUUCAUUUUACAGCUCUGUGUGUUGCAUUUCCAUUACAAUUCUGUAUGUAUGCACACGCAUGGAAGGGUAUGUGUGUCGCUAAGCUUUGUAUGUGAGUAGAUGUUUGAAAAUACGUAUCUAUUCAUUCACUAAAGCAUAGAAAGGAAUUGAGAUAUACACUAAAUCCUCCUUUUGGAAUACCUUGUCUAUAGUAUUAUUUUUUUUUGGGGGGGGGUCUGUAAUUAUUUGUCAAGUGCACAUGAUGCAGGUGCUGCAGCUCCACACGUCAGCCAAAGAGACAUUUGUGUGUUUGUGCGCGUAAACGUAGGAUUUAUAAAUGGGAAGGGUAUGGUGGCUUUGGGGUUAAAGACAUUUGUAAAUGUACAUAAUUAUUUUUUAAUUGAAUCAAAUUGUAUUUUUUUGCCUGUUUGUGCGACGGUAAUUUGCAUAUAGAAUAAAUGAAUUAUUUAUACACUAUGUACACCUGCUCUUUCAUGACAUACACUGACCAGGUGAAUCCAGGCGAAAGCUAUGAUCCCUUAUUGAUGUCACUUGUUAAAUCCACUCCAAACAUUGUAGAUGAAGGUGAGGAGACAUGUUAAAGAAGGAUUUUAAGCCUUGAGACAAUUGAGACAUGGAUUGUGUAUGUGUGCCAUUGAGGGUGAAUGGGCAAGACUAAAGAUUUAAGUGCCUUUGAACGGGGUAUGGUAGUAGGUGGCAGGCGCACCAGUUUGUGUUAAGAACUGCUGGGUUUUUCACGCGCAACAGUUUUGCGUGUGUUUCAAUAAUAGUGCACCACCCAAAGGACAUCCAGCCAACUUGACCCAACUGUGGGAAGCAUUGGAGUCAACAAGGGCCAACUUCCCUGUGGAACGCUUUCGACACCAUGUAGAGUACAUGACCUGAAAAAUUGAGGCUGUUCUGAGGGCUAUUUCUUAUAGUUGGCCAACUAACCUUACAAGAUAAUGUAUUCUGAAGCGUAAAAUAUAUUCUGGUAAAAAUGUAUAAUUUAAUUAUUUAAAUUGAGUUAGCUGGAUAAGCGAGUCCUGCGUUGUGAAAUAUAAGCCAGCUUGUGCCAAACUGACUGACAAGGGUGACAUCUUUCUAGAAUGAAUCACAAUGACCUCUUCACACCUUGCCAGUCACAGUGCUGAAGGACUGCGUCUACUGGUGCCUGUAUGGCCAUGUAGGUUACUGAAAGUUAUUUUUGCUAGUCUGGGCAGUUGGUAGCAGGGCACUAGUAAGCUCCUGUGUCGGUUAAGAAUUGGACAUAAUGCCAGGAUAAAACACUGAACUCGAAUGGUUUUCUGCUAUUCUCAUUUAGCUGAAAUAAAAAGGGUAUUUUCUCUAGGUGUCAGUACUGUAUGAAGGGUUUGUUAGUCUCCUUAUAACCAUACCUGGAUUCAUGUAUUAUAUAUGCUUAAUUAUGCUAGGUGGGUGGGGUUUGCACUUUUGAGACUUUUAUAUUGGUUCCAUCAUAACAGGCAGGCUCAAUCAAGCACAACUUAUGUAUAUGAACCCAGGUCUGCUUAUAACAUGGUUGAUCAAUCAACCAAUAAAUCUAUACAAUGUCAUAUUGCCUCUGAACCAUUUAAACUUGCUAUGCUGGCAUUUUCUUAGGAAUUUACAUUUAACUGUGUUCAUGAAGAAUAGUGAGGUUUUAAAGGGUACUUCAAAAAGUUAGUUAACCCUCUACAAGUUUUAAAGGAAGCCUUAUAUAACUUCAUAGUAUUUAUUUGGAGAAAUAAUGGUAUUUUACCCAGUUAGGACCCACUUUACCAAGGUGGAUUGGGGAGAGUGAGAGCACCGUUUUCUCUCUACCAACAGGGCCUCUUUUUCAUAGUUGUGGGUUUACGUUCUCAUGAAGGGAAUUGAAAUGUCUGUUUAUUCUGCAAACCAUCAAGCAAGAGCCUUGGACCUUAGCUUUUACUGUACAUUAAACUCAUGUAUUUCUCCCAUCCCAGGAAAUUGUUUCUCCAGUCAGUGGAAUAUUUUUGUGUAUAUAUGGACUGAGCUGACAAUGUAUUGAGCAAGUUCAUGCAAUGCUUUUUAUUUUUUGCAAUCAAAGGUCAAGAUUCAAGCCAAUCAUGUUUGUAGACAUUGCGUCUUUUAAAGGCAAUGUUGCGGAGAUCACAUUCAAGAUCAGCUGUUCAGAUUUCGACCGCUCAAUUGGAAAUUCUUUAAUGUCAAGCACGCUAUAUUGAGGUUUUGGAUGGAAUCCCAGCCAAAGUCUUGUGGGUUAGAAGUUGACACUUAUCUCAGAUUCUUCUAAUGGAUCUAAAAAAAAAUGAAUGAAUUAAUAAAUGGAAGUGCAGUCAUGGUAAAAAUAUAAAAUGGUUAUUUUGUGCAGUUUUGUUUUCGUACUUUUGAAUCUAAACGUCACCAUAUGUACAAAACUUUUGUAAUAAAAACUAAUUAAACCUUCAA